CCACAUGCUUAUCAUGCUCAUCAUCCUCACCAUACCGGGCUUCAGACAGCAUCUCAAUCUUCAUACAUAGGCUCGAAUGGACAGACAUUGCCACCAGGUUCUCUCUAUGCCGUGGCUUCUGGAAACUCAGCUACUGCUGCUGAAGCCCUUGGGCCGAGCCUUAAUCAACAGUCCGGUAUUGUAGUACAAGCUACAUCUGGCCAGGCCCCAAGGAUACAAAAUGGGCUCCCCAGCCCCUCUCCUAACAAGCGACCUGGCCGGCGUGCUAUGACUCCAGAGGAAGCUAAACAGCGGCGGCUACGCAACCUCUUCAAUGCCGUAUAUAAUUAUCAAGAGGUUCGCCUUGUGUAUUUGUAA